AUGACUGUGGAAAAUGGGAUGAGGCUGCUGCAAGUGUGGGACAGGGAUCGGAAUCGGGAUCGAGAUCGGGACCGAGACCGCGAUCGGAUCCAUUCACACCAGGAUGAGGAUGUCGACCGGAACUGGGACUGGGAUGGGAAGCGGGACUGGGCUCUCCUGCACCGCGCUGGGCACAUGCCCACUCAUCACCGCGCCUGCCCGUACCGGGACAGGGAUCGGAAUCGGGAUCGAGAUCGGGACCGAGACCGCGAUCGGAUCCAUUCACACCAGGAUGAGGAUGUCGACCGGAACUGGGACUGGGAUGGGAAGCGGGACUGGGCUCUCCUGCACCGCGCUGGGCACACGCCCACUCAUCACCGCGCCUGCCCGUACCGGGACAGGGAUCGGAUCGGGAUCGGGAUCGGGCCCCCGCCUCUGCCCAGGCCCCACCCCUUCCCUGCCCAGGCCCCGCCCCCGGCGGACGCUGAGGCGGCGCUGCCCCGGCCGAGCCCCGCCCCUCCCCGCCAGGCCCCGCCCCUGCCCUGCCCAAGCCCCGCCCCUCGGGCUGGGCCCCGCCCCCUGGCGGGGCGCUGGCGGCCCGGCCGCGCAGCCCGCGGUGCCCGGCGCGCCCCGGGAGCAGCAGCGCUGGGGCCGCUCCGCGCCGCUCCGCCCGAGCGCACCAUGGGCGCGGAGCGCAGGGCGGCGGCGGCUGCUCCCCGCGGCUGCGCCUGCGGCGGCGGUGGCGGCAGCUGGCGGCUCUUCCUCGGCUUCUUCGCGCUGUCGCUGGCGCUGCACGUCCUGACGCUGGGCUGUUACCUGGAGCUGCGCUCCGAGCUCCGCCGCGACCGCGGCCCGCAGCCCGCGGCCCCGCCGCGCCGGGACGGGACGGCGGCAGCGCCCGGAGCCCCGGCCGGGGGCCGCCCGCAGCGCGCGGCCGAGGGCGCGGAGCGGCGCCAGCAGCUGGCCUUGCUGAACUUCUUUCACCCCGAGGAGAAGCUGCACGUUGGAGAAGAAGGGAGACGCGUCCGUCGGAAUAAAAGGAGUAAAGGCAGCGAAGGACCCGACGGUCCAAGUUCAGUGAAAAACAAGAAAAAGGGUAAAAAGGCUGGUCCUCCAGGGCCCAAUGGUCCCCAAGGGCCACCAGGGCCUCCAGGGCCACAGGGUCCCCCCGGCAUUCCCGGCAUCCCUGGAAUUCCAGGCACAACUGUCAUGGGACCACCCGGCCCCCCUGGCCCCCCAGGCCCUCAGGGACCACCUGGAGUGCAGGGCCCCUCAGGUGCCACAGACAAGGCCAGCUCCAGAGACAUCCAGCCAGCUGUGGUCCAUCUCCAAGGCCAAGGCUCAGCAAUCCAAGUGAAGAAUGAUCUUUCAGGUGGAGUCCUCAAUGACUGGUCUCGCAUCACUCUGAACCCCAAGGUGUUUAAGCUGCAUGCCCGCAGUGGGGAGCUGGAGGUACUGGUGGACGGCACAUACUUCAUCUAUAGUCAGGUAGAAGUCUACUACAUCAACUUCACUGAUUUCGCCAGCUACGAGGUGGUGGUGGACGAGAAGCCCUUUCUGCAAUGCACUCGGAGCAUCGAGACCGGCAAGACCAACUUCAACACGUGCUACACGGCCGGGGUGUGCCUGCUCAAGGCCAGGCAGAAGAUUGCUGUGAAGAUGGUCCACGCUGACAUCUCCAUCAACAUGAGCAAGCACACGACUUUCUUUGGGGCCAUCCGCCUGGGAGAUGCACCCGCAUCCUAGAGAGGAACUUGGCGUGGCCAAGGACACCCACGGAACUGCACAGUGCUGCUGUUCAUAAAGCGUAUCAGUAUUUCAGGGGUUCUGUAAUCCGGCCAUAAAGGAAACUGAUCCAGAGCUAUUUAUUCCUAUAUGUGAAUGCAGGAAGCACAAUUGUCCUCUGUGACUCGCGGGGAGACUCGGAUCAAACCAAAAAAGCUGGUGGGGAGAGCGUUGUGAGGAGGAAAGGCUGUUGGGUGUGCCUUGUCUCAGUAUUUCAAGUAUUACUGCACUGAUACUCUGCUCUGUGACCUUCACACGAGGCUUGCUGGGAGAGCUGGGGGCUCUGCUCGGAUGUUGCACUGGCAAGAGCAUCCCAGGCAGGAGCGGGAGGACACGGACUCCUGUCCCAAAAUCCCAGCCAGGCUCCUGCUUGUGCACGCUAUCGACAGCCAGGAGGGGGCUUCUGGCUCCCUGCCUUCCCAGGGGGAGCUGGAAGGGCUGGGGGGCGAGGGGAGGUGGGUGAGACAGGGUCAGUGGUGUUUACAUUCAUCCUCAGGAGGAGGAGGAAAAGUGCCUCGACCUAGAGCUUGGAAGCAAAAGCAGGAAGUGCGAGAGGAAGAGGAAUAACUAGAGCAGGCUUAGCAGAUAGGAAACUGCCUCCACAUUCCAGAAACCACCAAAUCCCAAAGAAAACGCCGAUUCCCGGGUCCAGGCCUCUGCUCCUUUCAGCUCCUGCCCUUACCCCAGAGGUAACCUUGCCCCAGGGGGGGCUGCCUUCAAGUACUGCUGCUGUUACAGCAAAUUGAGUUGGGUUAGGGGUAUUUUGGUUUUGGUUUUUGUUUGGUUUUGUUUUUUGUUUUUUGGGGGGUUUUUUUUGGGGGGGGGAGGGGGUUGUUUUGUUCUUUUUAAUUAAUAUUUUGCAAACCAGAACACAUUUCUACAGGCUUCACCGAGCCACGUAGAGCAGCCACAAGUACUUGUGACAACACUCGGAGGAAGUUUGUUAUGUUUAAGAAUAAAAUAUUCAAACAGGAA